UGCGUGGAUAAAGUGAAAAUACAGAAGCUCAAGCCUCAAGCAUCAAGCAUAUUUAUCAAAACUCAAAAGUGGGACUUUAAAUCAGUAAAUACAUUACUUUUACUGAGUUAUGCCUUCUAAGAAGAACCCACCGCCAAAUGGUUUUUUCUAUUUUAUGCAGUCACUUCGUCCCGCUCUUAAGCGGGAAGGAGUUUUUGUGCAAAAUAAUCGCGAGUUGGCUGAUCUCGCCGGACCACGAUGGGCUGUACUCUCACCAGAAGAAAGAGAACCUUUCAAUGCCCAAGCAAAGAGAGAGAAGCAAAAUAGAAAAUAUGGUCCUCAACCUGAUAAAAUGGAUUGCACAAGACAGUACAUCUCACAAAGGGUUGAUACUGUUCAGUUGAAUGAACAAAGACGAAGAAAAGAAAGGAAAAGUGUUGUGGAAUCAUGGCUAGGGAAAGAUGUUUCAAAUGAGAGAUUUUUAAUGAUUUCCUUUAUGAGUUUGUGUGAUAUGCCAGAUGACAAAUAUAUGCCAUGUGAAAUGGCUAUUGCUGAGUAUUCCUUGAAGAGCGGCAUAACCCGAACCUUGCACAAGUAUAUUGAUCCAGGCACAAUCCCUCUGGGAUAUCGUUUCACAGCAAUGCAACAGAGCGAGGCCACGCAUCAAAUUCCUCCCGAGGGAUUAUCUACGGAAAACUAUCAUGACAUUUAUGAUCAAGUCUUGCAAUUUGUCAACCCAAGAAAGCUCAAUACCUAUCCCCCUGUCUACUGUAAGGCAUCGGAGUCAAAAUUGACAGAAUUUUCACUUGAUUGGCUAGCAUCCCGUGCAGGAAGUCCAAACAAGAUAAAAAAAGUUUAUGAACUUGGGGGUUUAGUUUGUGAUCUCUUUGCUGAGUCAAAAGACGCUGAGACCAAAGUUGCUCCUUCUAAACACAAUGUUAUGGAGCUCCUAUCUACUACUGUUUUUGACUACGAGUCGGGAGCGAGAUGUAAAUGGCACGAGGAAAAAGAAAUACGAUUCUGUGCCUCUGGUACAGUGAAACGAUACUGCUAUUGCAUGUCAGAUUUUCUCUGUGGAGCGUUUGGAAUUGAACAGACAUCGAAUCAUCUUCCCGAGCGACCUGAAGGAGACUGUUGUGUCGUCUUAACACCGAGAACCUCUAACGGUAAUGCUAGAGCAGGAAAUGCAAGGUCUCGGGGAAGACGAGUAGAUGAAGCCGAUAUGAAUUACCGUGAUUAUAGAAACAAUAACACUUAUCAAUCUACUGAUGUGAAAAAGAGACCGUAUACAAGAAGUGGGCCCACGUAUGACGAAGAGAGUCUCAAGUCAACGGACGUUGUUCCUCCACCAAGCAGCAGGUCAACUGUUCCCACUGGAUUACCUACAUUUGGGCGAGGCCGUGGUCGAGGUCAUCUCAUCCCAGCCGCCCAGCCUUUGAGAAGACCAAACAUGCCUGGUAUCGCUGGAAGGCCUGGGGCACAAGGAAAUCAAUCUUCUGGUCUAUCUGGUCAAUCUUCUUCAAGUCCUUCAUCUUUAUGGUCAGACGAACACGUACUACGAGCAACAUCGAAUUCUCCAUCAGAUCCUUCAUCAAAUCUUUCAUCCCCUUGGUCGGGUUCCCUUGGGGCAGGGCGUGGCCGAGGCUUACGCCCUCCUAAUACAGCACCCAUGGGAUGGGCAGGUCCUGCCUCGGCUCCAGACGCGUCAGUGGCGCCUCUUCCUCCAACAGCCUGGCGACAGGGUCCAAGCUCAUCCGCACCAUGGAAACAAGUAAACAAUGUUGACAUGGAUACGGCAUCCGCUGACUGGCCAUCUCUUGGCGCCACUUCAAAUGGGCAGAGCUCUGGUCUUCAUCAAAAGUUCCAGAGUUUUUCGCUUUUCGACAGAGACGAGUAUGAUUACUGAAUAUACUUAGAUAGCAGAGUCGAGUUGUUGUUCCUGAAUUGAUAUUAACUUAUCCUUUGGUGGUCAUUGCACGUAUAUUUGGAAGGACUUUAUCGCAAUGGAGACCACUCAAACCGUGCAUGACUAAUGUUCGACUUUUGGACAUAUGUUAUAAUGGUACAUUACAUUGUAGUUAAAAUGGCCCGAUUCA